AUGCGACUGUUCCGGCCGAUCCAAGCAGGCGGAAGGGCGAUCGCCAAGCAGCCGACGCCGAGGACGAGCAAGCCCAGGCCUGCCGCGGACCGAGCGAGGAUGCUUGUGGCGCCGGAAGAGCCCGCGGCGGAGGCGGACGCCGAGGACGAGCCGGCGAACUUCAGUGGCCGGGUGCAUUCGGAGUCCUACUCGGCGGACAACCUCUCGGCGGCCUUCGACUCCAUCCUCUCCUCCUCCUCCUCCCCAUCACCCCCGGCCCAGCCAGCAGCAGCCCCGACGGACGCCCUCCCCGCCAGCACCCAUCCGCCCACAAACACCUUCCUGGCCGCCGUCAGGACCGCCACCCUCUCCACCCUCGAAGGAUACCGCCACUCCAUCCUCGCCUCCUUGGCCCAGGACGACCCCAAUGGCCGCAUCUACUCCAAGAACGUCCGCCAGAUGAAGGACAUCCUCGCCUACGAACGAUGGCGCAAGAAACUCGACUCUCUCCAGGGCCCCCCCGCCCCCGCCACCCCCUCCAAAGCCGUCCUCAGCCAUCGCAAGGAACUCGACGAACGGCCCUCCAUCGCCGACCCCACCAUCGUCCAGAAACUGAUCAACCAAUUCUGGUCUAUCAACCAACUCAAAGACGCGACCAUCCUUGUCUCCUACGCCGGUCUGCUACCCUACACUCAUCGACGAACUGCUCAAGCUGAAGAACGUCAAAAAAGUGAUCGCGAUCGAAGAGAAACCCGAAUACUGUAUCAUGAUCGAUGGAAGGCGGAGAUCGAGAACAAGCGACUGUUUCAUAUCAAGAACGAUGGGUAUUGGUGGGAGUCGUAUAGUGAAGUAGAAGAGGAAGGCCUACUGGACGAUGUCCCGAUAGAAGAGUGGGAGAAGAGCCAUCCGUCGCUAUUCUUUAUCUGCCAACUACCACACAACAAGCGCUCGAUCCAGUUCCUGAUGCAGCUGAUCAGCUUCAUCCCGAACCGCAACUGGCUGUUCCAGUACGGCCGAGUGGGCAUGGGCUUCCUCGGCAGCGGCGAGCUCUGCCAGAGGAUGACACGGGACCAAAGCGAGAAGAAGUACACACGGAUCACCGCGGCGGCGAACUGUCUGACGACGAUCAAGACCCCCGCCGCGGCGCUGAUGGACGAGCUGACGGGGGCGGAGUUCUUCCCGACGAACCUCGAGCUCAGCGGGUGCUCGUCGACGGCGAAGGCGGGGCCGAGCGGGCGGCGGCUGGGCCGGCCGCCGAAAGCCGCCUCCUCCACUGCCGCCGCGUCGGCCAAGACGACGAAGAAGAUCUACAAGUCCUCGCCCGAGGCCAACCCUACCGCCUUCGCCGCCGCCCUCGACCUGCGUCCUAAACACGACGUGCUGCUCUCCUCGGACGAGUUCGAGUGUCUCAGCUUCCUCCAACGCGUCAUGUUUAUCCACUCCGCCCAGAGCUGGGUCGAGGGCAUCAGUCAUGCAGCUGCGGGCGCUGCCAUCCUCUACGAUAAACUCCUCGAAAUCGACCGCAAGAGGAAGCCUGGCCAACCGCCAGUCUCGAUCCCUAAGUCCAAAACGCCCAGGUCUUUCUCAGACCAGGACUGGAUCGUCCUGGCCAAGGAGUUCAAUCGCUGGCCCUUUCGUCCCAGGAGCUUCGAAAACGAUCUCGAACUCGAUUCUGAUGACGGUCCUGGCACUUAA